CUAAGAUUUAGGGUUUAUACCGAUGAACGCUUACAGGUUUAGCAAUCUCGUGGGCGCCCCAUAUCGUGGGGGCAAUGUCGCCUUUGCCGGUGGGAGCGCCGCGCUGGUGUCGCCAGUAGGCAAUCGCAUCUCUGUCACGGAGCUGCGCAAAUCCGAGUGCUGGACGCUGCCUGUGGAGAAUGGCGGCGAUGUGUCUAGGGUUGCCGUCUCCCCCAAUGGCGCGCUGCUGCUCUCCAUCGACGCCAGCGGCCGCUGCAUUCUCGUCAGCCUUGCGCGCCGCAUUCUCCUCCACCGGAUGUCCUUCAAGGCGCCCGUCACGGCGCUCGGAUUUAGCCCCGAUGGAUCGCUCUUCGCCGUGGCCAUGGGCAGGCUGCUCCAGGUGUGGAGGACGCCCGGGUGCCGCAAGGAGUUCAUGGCGUUCCAGCUGCUCCACACUUUCUCCAGCAGCCACGACACGAUCACUUGCCUCGGCUGGAGCCCCGACGGCAAUUGGAUCAUCUGCGGCUGCAAGGACUUCGCGGUGAGGAUCUUCACGCUUCAGAGCAACAGGCCGGUCGUACUCUCUGCGCACCGCAACGUUGUCAAUGGCGUCUUCUUCACCGAGAGCACCGAGGGCGGGAUUGGCGCUUAUAGUUUCUCCAAGGAUGGCGCGCUGUGUCACUGGGUGUUCCACCCGGCUCAAGAGCUGCCAGCUCCCGCGCUCGAUGGCGCUGACGAUCAAGGAAAGUCGAGGAAGCGCCAGAAGGAGGACGUAGCUUUGCAAGCUCUCGAGGAGGAGGGCUUGGAAGAAUCCGAUGGCCUUGUUCGAAAGGAGGAGGGAAAGCUACCUGUUCUACGUCCCGAUAAAGGCCAGUGGGAGCUCGUGAAGAAGCGCUUGUUCCACCAGCAUGGAAGGCUCUCGGCGUGCGACUACCACAGUGGCCUCAACAUCGUGGUUGCCGGGUUCUCAUCUGGAGUGUUUGGGAUCUACCAGAUGCCCGACUUUACGUGCAUACAUCUGCUAUCCAUCUCCAAAGAGAAGAUAACCACCGCAGUGUUCAACAGGACCGGAAACUGGGUAGCUUUCGGCUGUGCAAAACUGGGCCAGCUACUGGUGUGGGACUGGCGCUCAGAGACUUAUAUACUCAAGCAGCAAGGUCACUACUUCGACGUCAACUGUGUUGCAUAUUCACCGGAUUCGCAGCUGAUUGCCACCGGCGCUGAUGACAACAAAGUAAAGUUGUGGAAUGCUGCGUCUGGAUUCUGUUUCGUCACUUUUGCCGAGCACACAAAUGCAGUGACCGCAGUGUUGUUCUUGGCCGGAAGUAAUGCCGUGCUGAGCGCAUCUCUCGAUGGCACUGUACGUGCAUGGGAUCUGAUGCGCUAUCGAAACUUCCGGACCUUCACCACGCCAGCACCCACGCAGUUUGUGUCAUUGGCUGCAGACCAAAGUGGAGAGAUUAUCUGUGCUGGGACGCUCGACACAUUCCAGAUAUACGUUUGGUCCAUGAAAACAGCGCGGCUAGUGGACGUCCUCAGUGGUCACGAGGGACCGGUUCAUGGUUUGGCCUUUUCUCCUACAGACGAAUUCUUGGCUUCCUCGUCAUGGGACAAAACCGUGCGCUUGUGGGAUGUGUUUGAAGGCAAGGGUGGGGUUGAAACCUUCACUCAUACGCAUGACGUGCUCACCGUGGUUUACCGUCCGGACGGAAAGCAACUGGCCUGCUCAACACUUGAUGGUCAGAUCCACUUCUGGGACCCGAUUGACGGCUUGCUUAUGGGUACGAUAGAAGGCAGGCGUGAUGUUGCAGGAGGGAGAUUGAUGAGCGACAGAAGAACGGCCGCUAACUCGAGCUCGGGGAAAUGCUUUACGACCAUGUCUUACUCAGCCGACGGGAGCCUACUGCUUGCUGGAGGAACCAGCAAGUACAUUUGCAUGUACGACGUCGCGGACCAGGUUUUGCUACGAAGGUUUCAGAUAUCUCACAACUAUUCGUUGGAUGGUGUUCUCGACUUUCUAAACUCGAAGAGAAUGACUGCAGCAGGUCCUAUAGAUCUGAUCGAUGACUAUGACAGCGACAACGAGGCCGGUGUUGAUGGUCAAGUUAGAGGCAAGUUGGGGCAGGGACUACCAGGGGCACAGACCAAUGCUGCGAGGCCAAUUAUACGCACCAAGUGUCUCAGAAUCUCUCCAACUGGCAGAUCUUGGGCAGCUGCAACAACGGAAGGCCUGCUCAUCUACUCAAUGGACAACCUUGUCUUUGAUCCCACCGAUCUCGAUAUGGAUGUCACACCGGAGGCAAUCAACGAUGCACUGGAAAGCAAGCGCUAUUCACGAGCAUUGUUGUUAGCACUCCGGCUGAACGAGCCACUGUUGAUUCAAAAAUGCGUCGAGGCCGUAGAUAUCUCUGCGAUUAGUGAUGUUGUCUCGAACGUCUCACUUUCGUACCUUGGAACACUCAUUGAUGCACUUGCGCAGUACCUGGAGAAGACACCUCAUUUGGAGUUCUUACUUAGAUGGUGCCUGGAACUUUGCACUGUGCAUGGCAGAACAAUCCAGUCGAAGAACAGGGAACUCAUGCCUGCUCUCAAGUCCCUGCUUAAAUCCAUUGCCAGCUUGCAGGAACAACUUGCAACAGCCGCUUCCAAAAACGACUACCUUCUCCAUUACCUGUGCUCGGCCCCCACUAAGAGCAAGAGCGUGGAACAAAGCUUGGACUUAUGCUCAUAAGCCUGGACGCUUGAGAACUGAGGUGAUCAGAAUGGAGGUAGUUGCUGGCGGCAUAACUCAGAAAACGAAUAACAGCAGUACGUUUUACAGUAGUGCUGCUUUAAUUUGCUUUCCUAGCGGUAGGAUCCAUUUGACACAAGCAAGAUGAAGAGGAGAUCAGAGCUGCACUGAGCUAACCAGUAGACAAAACUUACCUGAUCGACAAGGUUCUGUAUAACUUGUGGCAGCACCUCGAGAUUGUCGUCUCGAUUUUGACAAUCACUGAGCAUCUGCCUCCAAACUUUCUGCACUCUCAGCUGCUCUGGUUAGUGAUCCUGGACUCGUUGCUGGCCAGCCACUCCCAAACCAGAGUAUCGUCGGCCCAACCAUCGGCCUCUGGAAGGUGGGGAGAGAGACGAAGCAGUCACAGCAGAACUAGUAGUAGACGACACUGGGUGUCAAAUUCCAACGGUUGGGAUUGCUUCAAUCUUAUGGAUGGUUAUCGCAAUCCAACGGUUCAUUUCGUUUCUGCCCAACAAACCCUAGAAAUAAAAAUGCUAUGCGUUUGGGAUCGA